AUGAGUUCUGUAGAGAAUGCCGACCAGGCAUCUGGCCCUGCCGAUGGCCUGGCCCCAACUCACACGUAUGUGCCCAAUCAGGGCUAUGUGAACCCCGAGACCACUGACUCCGCCGUGGCGGGGCAAGAGCCCACCGAAGAGGAGGAGUACAACGAGGAUGACGAAGACUACGACGAUAUCUUUGAUGAAGAAAUGGACCAAGGAGACUUCCCGUCCUCGAACUCGAAUGACCUGACCAAGGCCUACAACCGCCAACGAAAAAUGAACACUCUCGUCGCCGAUCCUAACGCUCCGAGAUGGACUUACCCGAAGACGAAUACCCAGAAGCCCACCGUCAACACACACGCAUCUAUUGAUGACCAGGUCAAGUCUUUGACCCGCCAUGCAGCCAAGAUCAAGCUUGAUGACCAACAGUCUGGCCUUUCUGCCAACCGCGACAAGGGAGGAGAUAGAGCGGAUCGUGCGACCUCGGAGCAAGUGUUAGAUCCGCGCACUCGCAUGCUCCUGUUGCAGAUGAUCAACCGUGGUUUAGUCUCAGAAAUUCACGGUUGUUUGUCUACCGGAAAGGAAGCAAAUGUGUAUGGUGCGAUUUCGCUUCCCGAUGAAGAGAACGCGCCCCCGCAACAUCGGGCUAUCAAGGUGUACAAGACCAGUAUCCUGGUCUUCAAGGAUCGUGAUAAGUAUGUCACUGGUGAAUUCCGUUUCCGCCAAGGCUACAGCAAGAGCAAUAACCGGGCGAUGGUAAAGCUGUGGGCCGAAAAGGAAAUGCGAAACCUGCGGAGAAUCUACUCUUCUGGCAUUCCCUGCCCUGAGCCCAUCUACCUCCGUCUGCAUGUCUUGGCCAUGGGCUUCAUUGGUAACUCCAAGGGAGUCGCUGCACCCCGACUCAAGGAUGUUGAGUUUGAUAUUCCUGAGCCUGAUGUUCGCUGGAGAGCUUUGUACAUGGAGUUGCUGGGUUACAUGCGGGUGAUGUACCAGGUCUGCAGGCUCGUGCACGCUGAUCUGAGUGAGUAUAAUAUUCUCUAUCACAAGGAUCGUCUGUACAUCAUUGACGUCAGUCAAAGUGUUGAGCAUGACCACCCGCGCAGCUUGGAGUUCCUCCGAAUGGAUAUUAAGAACGUUAGCGAUUACUUCCGUCGCAAGGGUGUUCACACCUUGUCUGAGCGAACCCUCUUCGAGUUUAUUCUCGCGCCUGAGGGCCCUAAGGAUCCCACUUAUGGCAAUGAAGAAAUGACCGAGGCCAUUGAGAAGCUGUUCACUGCUCGCGAUGAAGCCGGCGUCACUGAAGAGUCGGAAGAAGUCGACACCGCAGUCUUCCGUCAACAAUAUAUUCCCCAAACUUUGGAGCAGGUUUACGACGUUGAGCGUGAUGCCGAAAAGGUUCAUGCCGGUACUGGUACGGACCUUGUCUACAAAGACCUUCUGGCAACCGGAAAGAAGCCAGCCGAUGAAGAGGACGAGUCCGAGUCCGAGGGUAGCGGUGGCGUGUCAGUAUCGGGCUCUGAAUCGGACGACGAGGAGGAGGAAAAGGAUCCCUUCGCUCCGAAGCCGCCUCGUGGUAAGCGCUUCGAAGACAAGGAUGCCAAGCGUGAGCACAAGGCCAAGGUCAAGGAGGAGAAGCGUGACCAGCGUUCUAAGAAGAUGCCUAAGCAUUUGAAGAAGAAACUUGUCUCUACCUCUGCCCGUAAGAAGAAAUGA